AGAAGGCUUCCACAAAUGUUCUUGGCAAAAUCCUCCAAUCAAUGAGUGACUGCUAAAGAUUUGGGGAGAGAAAAGAGAGGAGGUGAUGCACCUAUGACGCACCUGCCCUCAGCGCUCUCUUUCCCCGGACUCGCUCAAGCGUCUUGGUGUCGUCACCAUCCGAUUACAGCAGAGCCUCAGCUUUCAACAUCAUCUGACUUGUAACACUGAAAUCGUCCACGACACACAAGCCCUGUAAAGAACCCAUCGUCGAUAAGUGAGGUUUACAAGAAGAAAUUCGACCCAAAGCGACUGGGAUCAUCAAGUCAACAUUCUCAGCUAUCCCGUAUACCCGCCCCCAUAAUUAACGCCGAAAUGAUCCCCGCAAGAUCCCUCUCCCUCCGCCGCCUCGCCGUCGCGCGACCCCUCCCCAGCCCCGGAGCCACGACGGCGCCCUUCGCAGCGGCGCGCCGGAGCCAGGUCCGGUGGAGCACGCAUAACCCCAAAGAGGGCGACCUCGGUGGGCCCGGCGGGCAGGAACCUGUGCCGUCGACCAGCGGUGCCGCGCAGAGCUGGCCGACGUUGGUUGCAAUCGCUGCUGUGGGACUUGGUGUUGGGGGGUAUCUUGUUCAUAUGACGGGCAAGUCCAAGGGGCAGGGGACGGUGAUGGAGAAGGGGGAGUUUGAUAAGUUGGCCGAGAGGGCUGCGUCGAGGAAGUAGAUGUUGCUGGGUUGAAGCUUGGGGAAGGGCUGGGGCUUUCGGGCCGAAUCUGCAAGGACGCUGUGUAAAUUUGAGGUUGCAAAUGAAUUGAAAGCUCUAAACUCUUCAGGUGGUUCUUUGCAGCAAAGGCAAACGCUCAUUUGAGUGUUGAAAUGGUCAACUUGAUGCAAGUCGCUGGCGGUGAUGCUCAGUUUCAACUACUGCAAUACGAACAUCAAGAAGAUGUAUCUUUUUAUGUAAUUUCUAAUUAGUCACAGUUAUCACAACAUUCUCUGCAGGAAAACACACGAAGAGGGAGACGACUUGAGAACCAUUCACGUUGGCCCAACGUCGCCUUCAUUGAUCCGUCAUGGGUAUCUCCAUCUUUCAACCUUGAUCUGUUAUUGGAUGCCUGGCAACUCUGCACUCCUCAAGACAGCCUUGAAACAGAAAAG